AGGCCUGGCAGCCAGUGCUGAGCCCUGUGCCAGGAGAGUACCCUGGCCUGGGAGGAGCCAGCUGGAGGGAGCUGGGGAGCAGAGGCUCUGUCCUGUGCUGGUCACCCUCUCCGGGACUCCACUGGGACAGCAUGGCUCGCUGCUGGGCUGCACUCACUGGGCGCUGGCUGCAGAGCCCAGGGUGGGGCCGCUCCCUUUUCCAGGGGAUCCCCAGGGGUGUCCGCCACUGCUCCUCCCAAGCCUCCUCCCCAGAGACCUGCAGUAGCCCCCACAGCGCAGACCCUCUGAACUACACGAAGGAUCACCUGGCCCUGAGGGAGUCCCUGCGAAAGAUUAUCGAGAAGGAGAUUAAUCCUUUCGUGGACAAAUGGGAAGAAGAACGAGGCUUCCCGGCCCAUCACCUGUUCCGGAUUCUGGGCCAAGCCGGCUUCCUGGGGGUGGACAAGCAGCCAAAGUACGGAGGCCAGGGCUUGGACUUCUCCUACCAGAUCGCUAUGGCAGAAGAAUUAGGGACUAUCCGAAGCAUGGGUGUCUCCACAGCCAUCCUCCUGCAGACCAGCAUGGCCACCCCGGCCCUGGAGAGGUUUGGAAGUGAAGAGCUAAAGCAGCGAUUCCUGGUGCCAUCCAUUGCGGGAGACUUUGUGGCCUGCCUUGGAGUCAGUGAACCUGGAGCAGGGUCUGAUGUUUCAAAUAUCCAGACGAGAGCCGAGCUCCGAGGGGGCGAUUACAUCAUCAACGGAAGCAAGAUGUGGACUACUUCGGGGAGCCAGGCGGACUGGAUGUGUCUGCUGGCCAACACGGGCGCGGGCCCGCCCCACCUCAACAAGUCCCUGCUUUGCGUGCCCAUGAACCUGGCCGGGAUUCACGUCUCCAAAAGCAUCGACAAGCUGGGCUUGAACGCCUCGGACACGGUUCAGGUCUUUUUUGAAGACGUCCGCGUGCCCAGGAAGUUCCUCAUUGGGGAGGAAGGCCGGGGCUUCCACUAUCAGAUGCUACAGUUCCAAGAGGAGCGGAUGUCGGCCACCGCAAUGGGGCCAGUGGUCACUGUCCAGAAGGGCCGUGUUGUUGUGUGUCCCCUAGUGCUGACCCCGAUGGCCGACAUCAUCCGCCAGACCAUCGACUAUGCCCGGGGUCGUGUCCUCUUCAACAAGCCCCUGCUGGACCACCAGGUCGUGCACUUCCGCCUGGCAGAGCUGGCCACCGAGCUGGAGUUGCUUCGCUCCCUCCUCUACCGGGCUGUAGCCCAGCACACGCGAGGCCUCGACGUGACCGAGCUGGUGUCGAUGGGCAAGUUAAAGGCUGGCCGUCUCUGCCGCGAGGUGACUGACAGCUGUCUGCAGUUCUGGGGGGGCCAGGGCUACACCCACAAAGCCCUGGUCAGCAGGCUAUUCAGAGACCUGAGAGUAACAUCCAUUGGAGGAGGUGCCGAUGAAGUCAUGCUCGCCAUCAUAUGCAAGUACAUGGACACACUUCCAAGGACCAAAUCGGUGAAAUGAAACAAGUGGGGGCUUCCCGGGAAGAGCCCCGGGCACCACGUGGUCCCUGGGAGCAGAUGCUCACGUUUCCGGGGAAAAGGGCCAAACACACCCUUUCCUCGGAGCUGGCCUAAUGUAUGUGCCAACGUUGACUGAAUAAAGUGCAUGACAGGA